AGUUCCGUGUUAUGAACUUCAGCACAGAUUUUAGACUCUGCUCAGCACAGCUGCACUACAGCACUUGCACAACUCAUUUCCAGCUAUUAAAGCAUACAUACCUGCAGGUCACCCGCGAUAUUUGCAGAAGAUGGCAGUGGACUGGUGGGGCUUCGCUUAUGCUGCAGCUCUUGCUCUGGGGGGAUUCAUGGGAUAUAAAAGAAAAGUGCUGGACUCCCACAGGGAGUGUGGUGUCAUUAAUCGCUGGACUCUUCUUUGGAAGUGUGUCUGCAUACGGAGCCUUUCGGAUAUCAAAUGAUCCACAGGAUUACUGGACCUCUUUAAUGUCUGCUGGCGUACUUGCAGUUGUGAUGGGAAUGAGGUUCAGGAAAUCUGGGAAAUUAAUGCCUGCAGGGAUCAUGGCAGCGCUGAGCCUCCUGAUGGUUUUCCGGAUUCUGAUCUUCUAAGUGAUCACUGGGACCUUCCAGACAACAUGUACUGAACAGCUGCGAUGUUCAUUUCACAUUAUUAUAACUGUAUCUUGUACAUUCCAAAUAAAUCUGUCCAUGUUCGCGUGUCAGUUUUAAUAAAGAAGCUUGUAAGUUA